AUGGCCAUGUCAUCGUCGUCGCCGCCGCCGCCGCCGCCGCUUUCUCUUCUUCUCUGCGUGUCGCUUCUGCUCUCCUCUACGGUGCAGCAACCGCCUUCCACCCAGGCCCAGCAGCAAGCAGUGCAAGCCCCCGACCCGUCCUUCAUGUUCGGCUGGCUCAACAACAAGUGGGCGUACACCGCCGGCGACACCGCGGUCAUCCAGGUCAUGUCCCUGGACCUCCGUGCCGCCGCCGCCGUCCGCGCCUCGCUGUCCUUCACGUUUUCGGUGAACGGCAAGGAAGGCAACAGCAGGUACGUCACCGACGUGGCCGCCAACAUCGGCGCCGACCCGAACGCCUGGACCGUCUCCUUCGUGCCCCUGCGCGCCGGGAACUUCGCCGCGCUCGUUGGCGAGAAGCGGUUCGUCGCCGCGGAGUGGCCGCUCACGUUCACGGUCGCCGCGGCCGGCGUGCACCCGUCCGCGUCGCGGGCGUCGUGGACGUUCCCCGGCCGGCGCGUCGUCGCCGGGUCCAGGGCGUUCGUGUCCAUCGCCCCCCGGGACGCCUUCGGCAACGGCAUCGCGCGCGGACCCGACAUGCCUGGCUACUUCAGGGUGUGGGUCUCCUACCUCAACGGGUCGGCCGUGGAGCUCUGGGAUUUUCACUACAAUGGGUGGACGGAGGAUGGACGCAUCGGCGUCGAGUUCAGGUCGAAUGUUGCAGGCGACUUGUUGGUGCAUGUUUACGGGGAUGACAGGGAGCUACGUGAUUCGCCUCUAAUGCUCACCGUGAAUCCAGGUGUCCUUAACAUAGCAGUAAGCACAUGCAGCUGGAAGCAUGGAAUCAAUACUUUGCAGCUGUCUUCCAAGCUGGAGAUGUUCAUAUAUCAGAGAGACUCCUUUGGAAAUACUGUUCUGGAUAUCCAUCCAUUCGAUGCUCAAGUAGUUGAUAAAGCCUCAAAUUUGUCCAUCCCAAUAGUAGAUCUCGCGAUGGAAGCAGUAGGUGAUGGAGUGCAGCUCCUAUCUUUUAAUGUUGUAGAGGCUGGACAAUUUUUUCUCACAGUUUUUGAUGCUCAACUGGACGAAAGGGUUUCCAACACUGUGCAUAUGUUUGAUGUUUUUGUAGGAUAUUGUGAUGGAUCAAACAGUUUUGCAAAUGGGUCUGGUUUGUCAAAUUCUAUUGCUGGCUCAGCGUCAUCCUUUUCUGUUUUCUUGUUGGAUCACUACAGAAUCCCUUCUCCAGUUGAAACUGCAAGGCUGCAAGUGAAGAUUUUGGGUAAAAAUGCCACAUCCUACGCAGACCCAAUCAUAACACCUGCAAGAGAACCAAAUGGAGCGAUCAAUAUGUCUUUAUCAAGUGUUGUCAAGUUUGACCCCAAAGUAAAAUUAUCAGUUGAAAAUGAAGUUGUUGUUCGACUUGUUGACUCAUUCAUGAACCCGGUAGUGUCUUUCAAGUCAAAAUUGAAAUUUCAGUUGAUAUCUGCAAGUAUCACAAGUACCACUAGUUUUGUGGCAAAAGAAUUUGUUGACAACGGAGAUGGAUCAUAUACUGCUCGUUAUAUGGCAAGGGGUCUUGGUUCAUAUGGCAUAUGUGUUCUUUAUGAGGACAAACAGCUGACUCCAUGUCCAUUCGACGUCACCGUUCUUGCAGAUGAAUACUUUUCAGAUGUUAAAAAUGAUACUGUUUCAGUGUGGGAGGAUGAAUCCAUUUCCUUUGAUGUAUUGUCAAAUGACCGCAUUGCAGGAAGUAAAGUGGAAAUAGCUAACUCAUCUUCUCCACUUCAUGGGUCAGUCCUGCAGUCCAGCAAAACCUACCGUUACACACCUUUCGAAGGAUUCUUUGGGAAUGACUCAUUCACGUAUACAAUAUGUGAUGAGCAUAACAAUGUCGUCACUGCAACAGUCUUCAUAUCUGUUCUCUGCAGACCACCUCAGUUCAUAUCUUUACCCGACAAGUUGCAUGUUACUGAAGAUACAAUCAGCCCACUAUUUGGUGGAUUUCCAGGGAUGAAAAUGGUGUAUUCAGAUACAACUGAAAAUAUAUCUGUUACAGUGACAGCACAGUCCGGGAGUGUGUUUUUUGACCCAGUGCGAAUUAAACUUCAACAGCUAUCAGAUGAUGUACUUUCAAUUGACAGCAGAGGUAGAGGUGGCAAAGACCUGAUGUUACAAGGAACGAUAGAAGUGGUAAAUGAUGCACUACAGUUUCUACUGUACAGUGGAAACGAAGACUUCCACGGAAACGAUGUUAUAUCUCUACAUGCCUCGAGCAGAAAUGGUGUACGAAGAACUCAGUUCCCAACCUUCGUUGAGCCAAUCAAUGAUCCUCCGGUGAUACUUGCUCCAAGUUCAAUUUUCUUAAGUGGGAACCAAUCAAUGGAAGGACAUAAAAUAUUUGAUAAGCACAGGGAUACAUUUCAAUUUUCCAUUGUUGAACCUGAUCUUCACAAUUUCCCAGGGAACAAGUCUUCCUUUUUUCUAGUGCUGUCGCUAGAAGUCUUGGAGGGAACGUUAACCACCACCUUGCCGUCCAGUGCCAUCGCCACUGCAUCGAUGAAGACUGAAGGCGUUAACGGUUGGCAGACGCUUCAGACAUAUGUGACCAUCGCGAAUCACUUCGUACUGAAAGGAACUGCCAUCAGGUUCCGUGGGAGCGUCCAGGACUGCAACAAUGCAAUGCAGCAGUUGCAUUACCAAGAUCCAAGGCAUGGAACAACGUUGUCCAUCACUGUGAACGACCAGGGAAACCAUGGAUGCUAUCCUGACUGUUCAGAGAGAAUGACGAUGCCACUUACCACUGCCAAGACUAUUCGUCUAGUGCCAGUCAUCAAAACAAAACAUGUGAACUCAAUGCGAACUAUCUUGUUUAGAUGGUUGGCUGCAGCUGGGAUCGUGAUAAUGCUAUGCCUUGGCUGUGUUCUCAUGUGUUGCCUAUGCAAAUGCAUGAGAGCUUUAAAGAGUCAGCGAAGAUACAAAAUCUAUGGUAAAAUUCGCACAACGGAGCAAACCCCAUUUCGUCAGCAUAUGGGUGCUUCACCAUCGCAAUGCGCGGACGCUGGAUAUUGCCCUGCUACUGCAACUGUGCCCCAGCUUGGUGCAAACAGAUCAACUCUUCGUCAGAGGUCCCCACGUUCAUGCAAGCAAGAACUGGAACUCCAGCCAGUCUCUGGGACCAUAAACAAUAGAAAUGAAGAUAGCCUUCCUGUUACAGACAAGGACAAAUAG